AUGGACUGUGUUUCUGUCCCACAGGGCCGGCUUCACCAACCAGCCGAGUCAAAACCAAAGAUCGAACCACAUCUCCAUCCCAUCCAAACACGUGUAUCCCCCAGCGCGACUCCCACAGAGAUGAAUAGCUCCGGGAACAAGCGCGCUCCGACCACCGCCACGCAGAGACUGAAACAGGACUACCUCCGCAUCAAGAAAGACCCAGUGCCUUACAUCUGCGCCGAGCCACUGCCCACCAACAUCCUCGAAUGGCAUUACGUCGUCCGAGGCCCAGAGAAAACGCCAUACGAAGGGGGAUAUUACCACGGAAAGCUCAUCUUUCCCCGAGAGUUCCCUUUCAAACCCCCCAGUAUCUACAUGAUCACCCCCAACGGCAGGUUCAAGUGCAACACCAGGUUGUGUUUGUCCAUCACAGACUUCCACCCCGACACAUGGAACCCGGCCUGGUCCGUGUCCACCAUCCUGACCGGCCUCCUCAGCUUCAUGGUGGAGAAGGGCCCCACUCUGGGCAGCAUCGAGACCUCCGACUUCACCAAACGACAGCUCUCAGCUCAGAGUUUGGUCUUCAACCUCAAGGACAAAGUUUUCUGUGAGCUGUUUCCAGACGUGGUCGACGAGAUGAAGCAGAAGCAGAAGGCGCAGGAGGAGCUCUUGUGUCGCACGCAGCCGCUGCCGCUGCCCGACGUUGUCCCGGACGCUGACCCGCAGCAGGCGCACUUCCUCCCCCCGCUCAACGGUAACGCGCCUGCCGAUGCGCUGAACCACCACCGCGCAGCGCUCCACCACCAGCCCAACCGCAACCAUGGACUACUAGGCGGCGCGCUGGCCAACCUGUUUGUGAUUGUGGGCUUUGCGGCGUUCGCCUACACGGUCAAAUACGUCCUGAGGAGCAUAGCGCAGGAGUGA